AUGCAGUUGUAACAUAAACACGGGUGCGGGUUUCUUUAACACCGUAGUGGCGCUUUACACAAAUCACUCAUGUUUAUUUAUUUAUUUAUUUAAUGUACAUAAGAGACAUUUUCCGUAAUGAACGAAAUGAUUUGAAAGGGUUUUAAAGCUGUUUUAAUGUAACAGGCGAAUUCCUAACGUUAUUCCGCCUCUGUUGUUAGCAACAGGUUGUUAGCGUAGCUGAUGGUCUAGUGAGCUGUGACCAUGCACACUGUACAGAUCUCCAAUAAAGAAGACGGGAAAUUAUGGCACCGCAAACCAGUGCCUUCAAAUAAUGGGAUCCUGCUGAUGAUCAUUCGCAGUGCAGCUGGCUACCAAAGUAAGACAGUUCGUUUCCUCCAGGUGGCAUUCGACACUACUGGAGAGGCAUUUCUUGCCGGUGAUCACCAUGGGAAUAUCUACGUGUUUGAUAUUAGCAGAAACAGAUUUAAGCUGGUGCAGAAAACAGGACAAGCAUGCACAGCCCUGGCUUUCAGCCUGCGCAGAACGACAGAGUUUCUGGUUGCCCUGUCUGAUUAUUCCAUCAAGUGCUACGACAAAGAGACCAAACAGCUGGUGAGCUGGAUGAGGGGUCACGAGGGUGCCGUGUCUUCUCUGUCGGUCCACGGUUCAGGGCGCUAUGCGAUCAGCACCUCUUCGGACACGGCUCAGCUCUGGGACUUGGACACGUUUCAGAGGAAGAGGAAACUCAACGUGUGCCACUCUGUGGGAAUACAAAAGGUGUUUUUUCUCCCGCUGGGUAACGCCAUUCUGAGCUGUUUUACCGACGACUCCAUCUUUGCUUGGGAAAGUGACACGCUGUUUUGCAAAUAUCAGCUACCAGUUCCGCAGGACGGACCCCGGAUACACUACAAGGCAUUUGCUGUCACACGAGAUGGAAAGACCCUGGCUGCAGCUGGCCGCUCAAACCUUAUUCAUUUGUGGAGUUUGGACAGUCGACAGCUCUUGAGAAUAAUACAGAUGCCGCAAGAAGUGCGGACUGUGAGGCAUCUCGAUUUCCUGCCAGACAGUUUUGAUGGAGGAUCCAGCCAGAUCCUGGGUGUUUUGAGCCAGGACGGCCUCAUGCGCUUCAUCAACAUUCAGACCUGCAAGCAGCUGUUUGAAAUCGGCUCUCCCGACGACGCCAUUAACUCGGCAGCCGUUUGUCCUAAAGGCCGCCACGUCGUAGCAGUGAUGGACAAUGGUGCUCUGAGAGUCUACAACGUGCAGGCUCUCACUCAGGAAAUCAACAAGCCUCCGCAGUCCUUGGUGAAAAGGGUAACUGCAGGAAAGAAAACGGACACUUCCUGCUUAAAGAUAAAGGUGCACGCUGGAGCUGUUCUGCGCCCGGCCAAAACAUCUGCUCGCAAACCGCGCACCAGAACUCUGCGGCCCCCAGCUGUUUCCACACUGGAGAACAAAGAGAAUGACUUGCCAGGUGGCCUUAAUAAGAAGCGGCUUCAGGCGUUACUCAGAACAUUUGGAGAAUAUCCGGCUAAGUACAGGAUGUUCAUUUGGCGUUCUCUGCUGCAGCUUCCUGAGAAUCAUGCCGUAUUCAGCAGUCUAACAGAUAAAGGCCUGCACUCCGCUUAUAUGUGUCUGCAUGAGCGCUACCCAAUCAAGAGCCACAAACUGCAGAGAGGACUGCAGAGGGUCCUGUCUGCCCUGGCUCACUGGUCAGCCAUCUUUGGAGAAGCAGAGUAUCUCCCGCUGCUGGCGUUUCCAUUUGUCAAGCUCUUUCAGAACAAUCCUCUCAUCUGCUUUGAAGUUGUGGCUACCGUCAUCGUGAACUGGUGCCAGCAUUGGUUCGAGUACUUCCCCAACCCCCCGCUCAACAUUCUGAGUAUGGUAGAGAACGUACUGGCUCAUCAUGAUAAAGAGCUGCUGCGCCAUUUUGUUGACUGUGGUGUCACUUCCCAGCUAUAUGUGUGGCCUCUGCUCGAAACCCUGUUCUCUGAGGUGCUGACCAGAGACGAAUGGCUGAAGCUGUUUGAUAAUGUUUUCUCCAAUCAUCCUUCGUUCCUCCUGAUGUCCGUGGUGGCCUACGUGACCUGCUGCAGAGCGCCGUUACUCCUCUGCACUCACAGAGAUGACUUUGAGUACUUUUUCCAUCAUCGCAACAAUAUGGACAUGAGCGCGAUGCUAAAGGAGACGUAUCGGUUGAUGGAGCUGCUGACCCCGGCAGACCUGCACCCGAGCUCCAUGCUGAACGACUUUGAGCCUCUGACGCCCGGUCAGUAUCCAAUCUUCAACAAGUAUCCCACGUUCAUAGUGGAGUACCAGUGCCAGGAGCGGGAGCGAAUCCGCCAGCAAGAAGUGGAAUAUCUCAGAGAGAGACAGGCACUUCAGGAGCUACGUGCUGAGGCAGUGAGACAGCAGGCUGAGGAUGAAGCCUGGUACACACAGCAGGAGCUGCUCCAGCAGGCCGAGGAACAGCGUCGAAGAAUCCUGCAAGAGGAAGAGAGCAAACUUGCGCAUCAGAGAAUGGCAUUGCGAGAGCAGGAGACUGCUAUGGCUGUGCAGGAUAUGGAAGUAAGGCAAAUGGAGCUGGAUGCGCAGAGACGACUGUUUGAGCAGCAAUUGGCCAAAGCGCACGAGUGUGCGAGCAAAGACGUGAGAGCGGAAGUAGACGCCCGGCGACGAAGAGCUGAGAUUGAAGAUUCUGCCUUUCACAACCUCCUUCAGACAGACGGCGAUCUCGGCCAGGAAACCAGAAGGGUGCUGGAGGAGUCUCUAGCAGAGGCGGGACAACUGGAUGCGGACGCUGAAUGGCAGACGGAAGUGAUCAGGCGAUUACAGACAGCAGAGGAAGAGCAGGAGAAGCAGAGGCAACAGCUGGCGAAACUCAGCCGUGAAACCCACGCCAAGGAGGAGCAGCUUGUACAGAUGAUGAUGGAAGUGGAGGGAAAGCAUUGGAAUGACGUGGUCGGUAAGCAGGCCAUGCUGGACGAGGAAAAGCAGGCAGGAAGUUCUGCAGACGCCCAGCAGAAGUCAGUCCUCUCCCAGCAUAUAGACGAGAUCACGCAACACCAGGACACACUGCGGAGGAGUCAAGAAGAGUUUUUGAAUCUACAGCGGGAAAGGAAGCCUCGCUCGCCCUGCUCUACACGAGGACGUUUGCAAAAGCCGAGUAGUCCACAGGCUGGUACCAAUACUGUGUGUCUGAACAACCAGUCUCCUUCAGAUAGCUCCACAUGCUUUUCUCUAGAGCGUGGUCGAGGCAGGCUGGACCACGAGGAGAGGGAGUUGCUGCAGGAGGUCAGAGAGCUCCGGAAGAAGCUGGCGGCCAGAGCGAGAGCCGCGGACUACACCAUGUACUCGGCCAGUUCCCAUCACUCCCAGUGACCAGGCCAGAAGACCUUUAUCCAGUGAUUUUUCCUGGAUCUCUUGCUUAGACUGAAACAAAGCAAGUGCUGCACAACAUGUUUCACAGUUAAUACUGGUCACCACUUCAAAAAGAUUUACAUUAAACACUGACAGACUUAUCAAGUGCUGUCAAGUUUAGUAUGGAGUCUUUGCAUGGAAUUUUUAUUAUAAAUUAUUUUUGUAUAUAUUUGUCCAUGUUGGACAGCCUUUUUAGAUUGGUUUGAGUGGUAAAUAGUGAACCUUUUCCU